UGCUGUUCGCGAGCGGAAUUCCAGCUGCCGCGUAAAAAUAUAUAGAACAAACACAAAAGCCGCAACGAGAAAAUGAAUAUAUAAAAAAAAUAGAAACCAAAUUAGCGCUAUGUAAAAGUCCGAAAACGAACCGAAAAUUGGAGGGGACAAGUGUCGCCGUCGCCGUCGGUCGGGGCAAUAAAAUAAAAUAAAAUAUUCAGAGCAUCACAGAUGCCGCUGCGAUGACGGAGCCAAUUAGUGCGGCGGUGCAGCGGAGGAGGCAGCUGCUCCACAGCGUUGAAAGUUUGCGCGGUCGUGUUCGCCAAGUGCUAAAAUGUGUUAUUAAUCUGCAUAUUGAGUUUUUGGUGCUCGAAUCCGAUGUGGCCGCUCUGCUGGAUGAGGUGAGGGAAUUCAACGACGACCACGAAGAGAUGCGCCGUCUGGACAGGAUGAUCGAGGCACUGAGGGAAUACAGCGGACCCACGAUAUGCCACGAGUGGCCCUAUCCCCUCAUCUUCAAAGGCACAAUCGACGAGGCACACGUCGCACAAAUACUCAAUGAUCUGGAGGAGGAGGAAAAGGAGCUGGUGAAGGUGUCCAGCGGUGCAAACUGCAUCCAGCUGAAAUCAGAAUCCGAUGUGGUCACAGCUCAAAGGCGGUCCAAAAUCCUGUGGUUCUCGAGGAGGAGGAGCAGCAGAAAGCGAGCUGAGCGAUUAAAGGAACUUCAGCCUUCUGUUUAAACGACUUCCUGAGAAAAUAACUAGUCCGAAAUAAAUGUGAACAAAACAAAUUAUACUUAUAGACUAGUUUUUAUAGCCCAAAACUGUAAUCUGCCACUCAAAAAA